AUGAUGAAAGCAGCCUUCUUAGAUGCACCGCAGCAAAUCAGUAUCCGCCAGCUUAGCCGGCCCAUGCCUGCGUUUGGAGAGCUCUGUAUUAAAUUGGCAAAAGUGGGCAUCUGCGGAUCAGACACCCAUUUGUUCCUGGGUCAUCGGUUAUUAGACAAGCCCACUAUCAUUGGUCAUGAAGGGCUGGGUUAUAUCGACGCCAUUGGCGAAGGCGUUACCAACAGGAUGCCGGGCGAAAGAAUAGUGAUAGAACCCAAUAUACCCUGCAGAAAAUGCCCGUAUUGCCUGUCAGGACGCGGCAAUAUCUGCAGUAACAAACUUGUGCUGGGCGUAAAUGCACCUGGAUGUUUUGCUGAAUACAUCUGUGUGCCCGAAGCAUUCUGCUGGACCAUUCCUUCCUCCAUUUCUGAUGAAGAUGCAGUAACCAUAGAACCAAUGGCCGUUGCUUAUCAUGCGCUGUUUGCAUCCAAAGCACUGCCGGGCGAUACCAUUGCGGUACUGGGCCUGGGCGCCAUUGGCUUAUUGCUUACCCAUUUGGCCCUGGCAUUGGGGUACAAGGUACUGGUGACUGAGCUGGACGCCGGCAAAUUGCAGAAGGCCGUACAAAACGGUGCUGUUGCAGUAGAGACUACGGGCACUAUGGAUGCACAAUCUGCAGCACUGGAGCAUAGUUGGCUGCAGCAGGAUGUGAUAGCCGUUUUUGAAUGCGCCGGAUCCGCUUUUACCGCUUCGCUGGCAACAGCCGCCGCACCAAGGGGUGCGGAAAUUAUUUUAGUGGGCCUUUCAGAAAAAGAAGCCAGCUUCCGUCCAUUAAAAAUAGCCAGGGAAGGCAUCAGCAUCCUUCCCUCCAUUAUCUACGAUCAUCCUUUUGAUUUUAAAAGGGUAUUACAGCUCAUUGAAAGAAAAAUCAUCCAACCGGGAUCUAUUAUUUCUGCCACUACCUCCCUUGAUGAAUUGGCAGCCGGCUUAUCAAAAGCCGCGGAAGGCCGUGAUGCAAAAAUAAUCGUUGAAAUAACUCCUGCUAACGGUGAGGGGUAA